AUGGGCGGGCCCCAUCCGGCCCCACGGGGACUCGAGGGUCUUGAACAUCAGCCGGGGCGCUGGCCCUCGCAGGGGGGAGGCGGCUUCAACACGCUCCAAAGUCGGAGCGUUUAUGGCGACAGGUGCCGUUGUGGAGACCAGGGAGACCCCAGACCAGCACAGUCACCCCGCGGGGGCCUGAGGAGCCGCCCGGGGUCCCCAGUCCGCCCCAGCCCGGCGACCAGGAUGAGGCUGCGGACCGAGGUGGCCCUGGCCGCGGGCCUGGGCGCCUUCGGCCUCCUGGUGCUCUGGAGUCUGCGCGCGCCGUCGCCGCCCUGCCGGAGCCCGCAGCCCACCCCGGGCCCGCCCGCCUGCCGCGCCAACGCCUCGGCGGCCGCGCAGCCCGACUUCGCGGGGCAGCCGCAGCAGGUGCGCGACUUCCUGCUGUACCGCCACUGCCGCGACUUCGCGCUGCUGCAGGACGCGCCGGCCAAGUGCGCGGAGCCCGUGUUCCUGCUGCUCGCCAUCAAGUCGUCGCCCGCCAACUACGAGCGCCGCGAGCUGCUGCGCCGCACGUGGGCCCGCGAGCGCCGGGUGCGGGGCGCGCCGCUGCGCCGCCUCUUCCUGCUCGGCACCGCCGCCGACCCGCGAGAGGCGCGCAAGGUCGACCGCCUGCUGGCCCUGGAGGCGCGCGCGCACGGCGACAUCCUGCAGUGGGACUUCCACGACUCCUUCUUCAACCUCACGCUCAAGCAGGUUCUCUUCCUCCAGUGGCAGCAGACGUGGUGCGCCAACGCCAGCUUCAUGCUCAACGGGGACGAUGACGUCUUUGCGCACACGGACAACAUGGUGUCCUACCUGCAGGACCACAGCCCCGACCGCCACCUCUUCGUGGGGCAACUGAUUCGCAACGUGGGCCCCAUCCGGGUCCCCUGGAGCAAGUACUACGUACCGAAGAUCGUGACGCCCGACGAUCACUACCCGCCCUACUGCGGCGGCGGCGGCUUCCUGCUGUCCCGCUUCACUGCGGCCGCCCUGCACCGUGCCUCCCAAGGCCUGGAGCUCUUCCCCAUCGACGACGUCUUCCUGGGCAUGUGCCUGAGGCGGGAGGGCCUGGAGCCCGCCUUGCACAGUGGCAUCCGCACCAGCGGCGUCGGGGCCCCCUCAGCAAGCAUGUCCUCCUUUGACCCCUGUUUCUACCGGGAGCUGCUGCUCGUGCACCGCUUCUUGCCCUACGAGAUGCUGCUUAUGUGGGAGGCGCUGAGCCAGCCCAACCUCACCUGCGGCAAGCAGACCCAGGUCUUCUGAGGCAGCAUCGGGGCCCCCAGCCUCUCGGCUCCUGCCUCCACCCGCCUAGGAAGAAGGAGCAUCUUCCUCCCAGGAGGCUGAGACCUUUGUCCUCCUGAGGGGGCCAGGCAUACGGGAGUUCCAGGGAGGGUUUGACGAGUGAAUAGUCUGGCUGGCGAACUCCUACACAUCCUUCAAAACCCACCUGGUACUGCUUAGACCAAGUCCCAUCAUCCUCCCUAGACUCAGCUGGAGGGACCAUCUCUUUCCCUGCAGCCAAGGGCAGAAGCACUUCUGCUAGGGUUCCAGCUGCUAUUGCUACAUCUGUCCCAUUUGAAUCAAGGCCCCCCCCUCCCAGCUCCAACCUUGGUCUGACCCAUGGCCAGCCUCUCCACGGUAGUGAAGCUGCAGUGGUUGAAUGGAGGGUGAGUCCUGGCCAUGGUUCAAGGCCACUUGGGAACUCCUGGGUCCGCAUGCUGCUGGAGCGAGAAGCGUUUUUCAGCCAGAGAAAGAGGGGUUCCAUCCUCGACCCCUCCCCUGGCUUUGGACCCUCAGAUGGUGGGAGGGCCAGAGAGGCCAUGAGCGGCUCUGUGCGCCCUGCUCGUGGUGUCACUCGAGUGGCGGGAGCGGGGCCUCUGGCUGCCUCAAGCUCUGGCAGCUCCAGGUCCCUGGCAGGGCCCGGCACCCACACCUGUGCCCCCAAGAAUCCAGGCGACAGCCCGGGGCCAGAAGGCUCUGCACGCACCCCAGGCCAGCACACACACUCCCCCAGUGCCUGGAGAAGUGGGCGGUCAGGCCUUGGGUGGCCCUCAGCUCUCGGGACCCAGGACUGUCCCCCCCAUCGCGUCUUUCCGAUUGGGGAGAUCCAAGCGAACUGGUGGCCCCAGCCCUGCUGGGUUCAGGCAGUGUCUGGGGCUGGGCUUCACAGGCGUUG